GAAUCAAUGACCCGGUCCCUCGCCGGUUCAAUUCAAUGACCAACCCUUGAUCCUGGUCAGAGCCUGCUUCCCAUCUAUGGCCGACAACGCCCUCCUCCCUCUCUCUUUCGCUCUAAGAUCGCAAACCCCCCACACCCGUGCCUCCCUCCUCCGGUUCACUAUUGUCUAACUUGGUUCUAUUUUCUGGUUUUCUCUCAGUUAUCAAACAGUAUUUCUCACACCAUUUAUGAUCUGCGGAACAAGGUUUACUUCUUUCCAUCCAAAACAAGACAGGGAGACCACAAGUGCAAAUUCAGAUGGGGAAAAGGGUUCGGUUGACCUCUGGAUUUGUAACGCACAAGGUAUAUUUGUCCUCCCUUUUCUUAACCAGAAAUAUCAUAUUUUUUUAACAGAAUUUGGUGAAAUUAAG